CAUGAAGAACACAAUUGAACGUUAUAAGACAGUCACAAAGGAUAAUAUCAGCAGACAGACGGUACAGCAAGAUAUAGAGAAAAUAAAAGCUGAUGCUGAGGGCUUGUCAAAGAAGCUUGAUGCUCUUGAAGCCUGCAAAAGCAAACUUUUGGGUCAAAAUUUGGAAGAAUGCUCUAUUGAAGAACUGCAAAGCUUGGAGCUCAAAAUUGAAAAAAGCCUUCUAGGCAUCAGGGCAGUGAAGACUCGGCGGUUUGAAGAGCAGCUCUCUACGUUGAGGCAGAAGGAGACAAAGUUGCGGCAGGACAAUGAAGAACUAUAUAGCCAGUGCCAGAAGGAACAGCACCUUGCGUUGGCGGCGCCCCCUGCUCCGGCGACCUUGGCGGCGCCCCCUGCUCCAGCGACCUUGGCGGAGCAGAGCCAGGACGUGGUGGAUGUGGAGACGGAUCUAUUUCUUGGAUUGCCCGGCACCGGCCGCUCCUGAGAUUCAGGCAGGCUGACAACGCUUGAGAAAAAUGCCCAGAAUAAGCUGGCAAUGGAGUUGCAAGCAGCAGCAGCAGCAGGCAAUGGAUGCGGACGGCGUAUAGAUAUAAUAUAAACCCCGUGCAGCGGAAACCUCGAGAGUACAUACAUGAAUUAGUUCUUGUUGUUGAUGUUUCCCCGGGCUC